AUGAAUUUAAACGAAGUCGCUUCGGGUUAUUUCGGUGAUAUUCCUUACUGUCUUCCACUGGAAUGCAGUGCCUUUUUUGAUGCGCUCACAUCUUCGAGGCUACACCGCAUCCCUCAAUCGAUGAUGUCAAGGAUUGACAGCGAGGCGUAUUAUACCGACAAGAAUACUCGUUUCCACAAUUUGCUUUCAGGGGAAAGAGGAACAAUUAAUAGGAGAGGUAACCCGAGCACAGGUGAUCCCAUUGGGAUAAUGGACUUGAUUCCAUACCUACAUUGUGCGUCUCCUGCGGAUCGGAUUGCCUGUAACGAUUGCACUGGCGGUUGCUAUAUAGCUAUUGAGUUGAAUGAAUCGUCACAGGAGGUGGGUCGUGACAGAACGGAGGAGGCGAGCAGGAUCUCCCACUGCAUUUUCGUAACACUAGACCUUAAAGGUAUCGAUCAUAUGUGGCAGUCACUUCUUAUUUUUCUUCUGGGUGGCACUGAUAACGAUGAUGUCGUGUAUGUUUUGACAGACGUUGAUAUUUAUUUUCACAUGGGGGCUCCGUACGGGAGUUUUAUGUUUUCCAUUUGGGCGUUAGCGAUUUCAUCGCUUCUCCAUCACUUUGCGUCGUUCCCUAACGAUCGUAUCCAGGAGAGACUAAGUCACGUGAAGGUAAUAUUAAAAUUCUCUAAAGAUUGUGUCCGGAGUACCACUGUAGAUGACAUUUAUCUGUUCAUUGAAAGCAAACUUAAAGUUUGCGUCGUUAACAAGCUGGAUACCAGCACCGGAUCGACCAAUAAUAUGGAGAACUGCUUCACAGACUCGUUUGCGACUGCGAACCAGGAGGCAUGGCUCGAAAAAAUGACCGAAAUUGUUACAAACUGCCACGAAGAAUUGUGUGACACCGGAGUGGAAUGUGUAAACAGUAACCCUUCGUGCAUAUUGCUGAUAAUCCCUGAAGAGGAUUCGUUGGUUAGCAUGUUGGAGCAAUGCCUACACGAUAGCUACACUUCGUCGCCCAUGUCAAUCGCGGCGAGUUUAGACCACUUCCCUGAACUUUUAGCAGCUCGUGCCAAUGGUGUACCGUUGACGGUUUUUUGUUCCAAGAAGAAAAUUGAAAGGGAGUUUCUGAGACCGCAUCACGAAUGUUGCUUUGGUUAUAUGGAUAUAAAGUUUCUUGUUUUCGGUGAGUCAAAUAGGGGAGAGGAUCUGGACAUAAUUCGGGCACUUUUUCACCGACUUCCCCACACAAUCUAUGUACCGUAUCCGGGCCAUUGUAGCAGCGAGAAUAACUUCGUUGACACGGAACGUGUUAGUAAUGACUGCCUUCAAGAUGCGAUGAAUGUUGUGUUAUGGCUGUUUAGACGCUUUCGGUUUGAAAGUAGGAAGGAAGAUACAGGCCCAGUUUUACGCAUACCGGAGAGUUUCUUUGCUACUAUGGACGCGUCUUUGUUUUUUGACGAAGUCAUGAGUGCUAUGUGCUCAUUCGGACUACUGUCGCAGUUGCGUAACAGUGACGGGUUGCCGUCGUACCAGUUGAGUGUCAUCGGGCGGGCGCUUUCAUAUCGCUUCCGUUUACCGUAUGAUAGCAGUUUUCCUGAGUUAUCGCCUUUCGACGUAAAGUGUAUUUUUUGGUGUCACGCUCUGAGACAACCCAAGGCAGUUGCGGAAAAGCUAAUUUGCAAUUCUCACAAGUUUACUUCAUGGGUGAGGGAUGCGAUAAACCGAUUCUGUUCGAGAUACCAAAUUGUUUUCACUGAGAACCUGAGCAUGGGGGACGAGACCCUCGUUCGGGCACUUUCUUCUAUCCCAAAAUAUUAUGACAGUGUUUCGCGCGUUGAACUUUUUCUUUGUUGCACAACGGGGAAAAGGACAACACUUUCAAGGCAAUCAACGAGAAUGAUAUCAACUUCUUGUCGAGGUUGGUUUGAUCAAGCAUCUCCUGGCACGGAUAUGUGCGGACCGCAGAAGUCGCCCGUGAAUAUUUAUUGUUACCCUUCCCACCAUGAGCUAUGUGAAAUACAUUUUGGAGGGAAAGUGUUACAAUGCCCUUUGGAUGUUUCAUAUCCCUUGAUAGCCAGCCACGUUAUUCUUCAUACAGCGUUGUGGAACAAUGCUGUCUUUCUGGAGUGUGCUCAGGAGAUUGGAAAGACGCCACUUCUGUCAAUACCCCUAGCCCUGUUAGAGUCUCCAUUAUUUAAACGUAUGACACGCGGCUCCGGUGAUGCACGCACAGGUAUGUGGCUUGACAACUGUAUAGGUGAUAAUCCAUCACCUUCGGAUGCGAUGGAACUUGGCUCCCUUAUGGGGAGAACGGUUUCUUUUCUUGGGUUGUGUAACUGUGGUCGGUCUCUCAGAAAACGAGAGGAAAGUGGUUGUUCCUUAAAGCGACCGAGACGCGAAGCCUUAGAGUCGCUUAAAGUCCCAUCCGAUGCUGAAGUGGAAACAAUUAAGGAGUUUGUCAACUUAGCGAAGAGGUUAGGCCGAGAGAAUGCAGAAAAGCGGUUUAAGACGGUAAAGGGAUUCGCGUUUUUAAACGAUUCACACGAGAAUCACCCGUACUACCUUCAUCUCAUGAAGACAUCAUCUUCAUAG